CGCCGUUUGGAGCCAUAGUCCUCCUAGCACCUUACUCAUCUCACACGUUCUCGGAAGUCAAGUCUCUUCAUCCAGCAUCGGCUCCUUCAGAAAGCUACACACAAUGUCCAAGAGGCCAUCAUCACCUGUGGAGGCUUCGACUCCCACCGCUGGACCUUCACGGCAUACGGACCUCUCAGCCAAAAAAAGGACAGCAGCCAAUGGCUCAGCACCUCAAGAUGAAGAUGACGAAGGCAUGGGUGAAUUCGAGGAUCGAUUUGAAGACGAAUUCGAAAGCGAAGAUGACGGCGAAGUAGUUGACGCUGCCAGCGACAGCGAAGAUGACGAGGAAGGCGAAGACGGCGAAGGCAUGGAGAUUGAUGGUGUGAAAGUCUCCGGAAAGAUACAAAGGCCAGAGGGGGAAGAUGACGAGGUUGGCGGUGGUCCUGAAACGCAGGCUUGGUUGGCUGGUGCGCAACCUUUAGAGGAAGGCCAAGUGCUGGAGCCGGACCAAUCAGCGUACGAGAUGCUACACCGAAUGGGCGUCAACUGGCCUUGCUUGUCAUUCGAUGUUCUGCUGGACAACUUGGGCCCGGCUGAGGACAGGGUCAGGUAUCCCCACACUGCCUAUUUUGCUGCUGGAACGCAAGCGGACACGGCAAAGAACAACGAGCUGAUCGUCUACAAGGCAAGCUCUCUACACAGGACCAUCAAAGAUGGCGACGAAUCCGAGGAUGACGAUGAUGACGACGACGACGAGGGCUUGGACGACGAUGCCAUCCUCGAGUCUAAGUCUAUCCCGCACCUUGGCGGCGUGAACAGGGUUCGAGCAGCACCCGUUGCUCCUCCCUCUGCAGGGUCCGAACCGACGCUGGAUCCUUACCCUGUGGCCGUGUGGUCUGAGCUAGGCAGCGUGGGCAUCUGGGAUGUGCGACCACUGUACAAUGCGCUGGAGCGUCCUGGUCCAUUCGACAAGGCGCGAGCUUCUAAAGCGCUUCAUACGGUGCCGCACUCGACAGAAGGAUACGCCAUGGACUGGGCCGGCUCAUCGUCAGGCGCAGGCAGGCAGAGCAGUCUGAGGCUGCUAUCGGGUGACGGCCACGGCCUGAUCAAGUUGACGACGUCCAACAACGCCGGUUACACUACCCACGCCGCACCCUUCACUAGCCACACCAGUAGCGUCGAGGAUUUGCAAUGGUCUCCCAAAGAACCCACUGUCUUUGCGAGCUGCUCAGCGGACCGAAGCAUCAGAAUUUGGGAUGUGCGGGUCAAGUCGCACAAGUCUGUCAUCGCGUUGGAUGAAGCGCAUGAGCAAGACGUAAAUGUGAUCUCUUGGAACAGGAAGACGGACUACCUGUUGCUUUCGGGCGGAGACGAAGGGGGAUUGAAUGUCUGGGACUUGAGGAAUUUCAAACCUUCCUCGAGCAACGCAGCGCGACCUACGUCCGUGGCCAACUUUAGGUGGCACCAAGCGCCCGUAUCUUCCGUCGAGUGGCAUCCCUCCGAAGACUCCGUCUUUGCCGCUUCUGGUAGAGACGAUCAGGUUACGCUUUGGGACUUGUCGGUUGAGAUGGACGACGAAGAACAACCCGGUAAUGCUCAGAAGGGACCGAAUGGAGAAGAUGUUCCCAGCCAGCUCUUGUUCUGCCACCAUGGAGCCAGCGAAAUCAAGGAGGUUCAUUGGCACCCGCAGAUACAGAGUAUGCUCAUCACAACUUCUGCAGACGGCUUCCACCUCUUCAAGACCAUUUCGGUCUAGUGAGAACGAGGCUCGCCAUCCCGAUCAGCAUCGCACCGCUUCGCCCCCACGCAUACCCUUUGCAUACCUUUCAAUACAUUUCUCGCACUGUC